AUGUCUCAUGCCCUCUGGCCUUCAAGGACAUCAAUUGAACGCAGCGGCUGGUUGAGCCCUGUGCAGAGGAUAGGGGAGUACAAAAGUUUUGCAGCUAUCGUCUUGAAGCCUCAGGCUGAGUUAGACAUUGUUAGCAAAUGGCUUAACUUUUGCCUCGAGCAUCAUGGAGAGACUUGUGAUCCGAUCGACAGGAGAUCGAUACCUGCUCUUCGGGUUGUGGAUUGUGAUGCUGGGCUGGUCGUGUCCGCCGAACCAGGAUGCAAGUAUCUUGCAAUGAGUUAUGUGUGGGGCAGCUCUCCUUCAGAGGAGCUCAAGGAUGGCGAGAGCCUCCUUGCAGACAGUACUCCGACCUUGAUCAAAGAUGCGAUUUCGGCUACCAAGAUGCUAGGGUAUCGCUACUUAUGGAUUGACAAAUACUGCAUACCUCAAGAAGACGGAAAAGAACGCCACUCGCAGAUCCAGCAGAUGGAUUUGGUAUAUAGAAAAGCCCAAGCUACCAUCAUUGCUAUCGCAAGUCCGGAUCCCAGCUAUGGCCUCUCUAGCCUGGAAAAUCGGGAAAGAGCACCAUCCGUCACGAUUAGGAUUGGCAACGAGCUGCACGCCUACGUACCAUCUCAUCCAACUGCCGAAGUGUAUGGCUCUGUGUGGAACAGUAGAGGUUGGACACAUCAAGAGACCAUCCUGUCGAGACGACGCAUCUUCUUCUGCAAGUAUCAGAUCUACUUUGAAUGUGCCGGCAUGCGCUGUCACGAC